AUGCUUUUGAUCCAUCUGCUUUCCAUUACCAUCUCCACCCUUGCUUGGCACACCGCCAGUGCACCAGCACCCCAGGCCAGCCCUGCCCCGGCUGAUCCCGGCGCGCUCAUAAACGCGCUCGUCAGCCUGUCUGGUGUCGCCUCCGACCCUAACGGACCAAUCGCCUCCAGCGGAGCCCUCGGUGCCAACGGCGCUUUGGGACCGGGCUGCCUUGCGAACAACACUGCGGCCCUGGGGCCCGGCGGGCCUUUCGGCGUCAACGGCCCUUCCGGACCCAACGGCCCUUUUGGCCCAAACGGACAGUUCGGACCCAACGGUCCCUUCGGGCCCAGUGGCGUGUUCGGACCGAACGGUGUAUUUGGCCCUGACGGUCCCUUUGGCCCCAACGGAGCAUUUGGUCCCACCGGGGCUUGUACCUCGGGGCUUUCUAGCCUGACGGGCAUUUGUGGGAUCUGA